AUAGACUGCAGACAUAGUACAAGAGAUGACCAGAGACUGCAGACACAGUACAGGAGAUGACCAGAGACUGCGGACACAGUACAGGGGAUGACCAGAGACUGCGGACAGUACAGGGGAUGACCAGAGACUGCGGACACAGUACAGGAGAUGACCAGAGACUGCAGACACAGUACAGGAGAUGACCAGAGACUGUAGACAGUACAGGGGAUGACCAAGAGACUGCGGACAGUGCAAGGGAUGACCAGAGAAUGCGGACAGGGGAUCACCAGAGACUGCGGACAUAGUACAG